GCCCGUUAAGUGAAAGCUUCUUCUAUUCCGUUAACAACCAUUUGAGGUGUGACUUGACCUAGACGGCGAAUUUCAUUCUUAAGGUCGUUAGACAUGCACAAGGUGGCAUCUGAAUUUGCGGUCUCAAAUGGUAUACUUACGUAAAUAGCUUGACGGUCUAUAGGAAUUCUUAAGGUGGUCGACGGAAACCCAUCUCUUUUAUCAUGCACACUUUUACCAUCUCCCGUACCAAAAGUAUUACUAUGUCGCGCUCAAUCAAUCCAAUGUGAUUUUAACUUGUUAUAUCACAGGGUUGCAAUGAAUCAUGAAUUUCUGGAUGAUGUAUUGAAGCCCGUUCUUGCUGUUGACCAUUAUCUUCGCUCGUUAUGGGGUAUAUAUUCACGAAUUCGAACUAACGAAAUUACUCAGGAUACUGGAUUUUUCUUCAUGUAUGUUGAGGUAUUCUGAUGCAGUGGCUGCUGUUGUACUGUAUAUUUUCAUCUGAACUUGUUGCUGUGUAUGAGAAAGAAGAGUCAGGAUAUGUACGAAUUCUAAAUCGUCCAGUUGCAUCGAAAGUGUUCACUGUAUACCAUGCUUCCUGUAAGAUGUGGAGGUCUUCAUAAGCCAGUCAAGCAUCAGAAAGAAGAGAAAAGGGGAGUGUAAGCAGCCUUGUCUGACACCGGUCUUCAUUUGGAAUGCACCUGCGAGCUGUCCUCUAUGCACCAUUUUUCAGUGUAAUCCGUCGUAGGAAUUCCGUAUGACGGUGACAAUCUCAGGUACUUUAUAGUGUUGUUGAAGAUUCCACAAGGUUCUCCUGUCCAUACUGUCAAAUGCUUUCUCAUAGUCGAGGAAGUUAACGUGUAUCAAUGAGUCCUAUUCAGUCGACUACUCGACAGUGGUCCAUGCUUGAUACCGACAAUAUUCUUGGAAUUUACCCCGUCACGUACAUCCUACCCAAACACCAUCACGUUCCUCGAGACAACCAUCGAAAGAUUGCAGAUCAAAGAACAAAAACCCAGGUACGCUCUUUUUUUCAUUAAGAGUUGCCCCUAUUCGGCGUGUUCUCCCAACCGAAGUAACCACAGCCCCCUCAGUGAAUGUCUUCAAAAGAAGACUUGGCAAACACGUACUCAUCCAUGGAUUACCAUCCUUUCUUGAACCAUUUGUGUCUGGUGCGUGUCUCGUAACUUGCCUACUUUUGUCAUUAUCUCAUCAUUAACUUGUUUCUAUUUCGCUUAUUAUCAUCUCCACUUCCUCUAUUAUUCCUACACUUCUGUAUUCUCAUAAUAUGUGCACUGCCAAUCAAUUUUUCUUCUGACCCUAAUGUUUCUGAUUACUGCUUAUACUCUUACUACCUCUACCACUACGGGAUUUGAAUCGACAACUAGAUCUCUGUGCUAAUGUGUUAUGGCAACUCGAACUGAUGUACAUACGUACGAAGUUCUACGUUGUUAUUGACUGACUGAGUAUCCGAAUUAUCACUUAUUUUUCACAUUGCAACCGACGAGAAUCCUGUAUGUUAAUGUGAAUAGUCCUGGUAUUUAUAAUCCCUACUAUCCUGAGAUAAAUACACUGAUAAUUAUAAGUAGUCAAAAUGAUUUGCUAAGCAGAAAUUGUCAGAAUAGUGCCAUUUAAGACAGAUGGAACUCGAUGAGUAUAACUGAACGCAUUGUGUUUGGAAUUCGAAUUGGCAGCGGAAUAAACUAUAAAGGAGUCAUCAAUUAGUACAAAUACCGUAUUUCUCCACUCAAUAAGUUCAUUUUAGUUUACUAUCAUUACCUUAUCUAAUAUUUUUUCAUUCAGCUUGCCUAUCAGUUUUGAUGAUAUUUCACACAAUCUCAUAGUUGCCUGCUUAUCAAACUGACCUCAGUUUACAAUUUAGAGGUCGAUCACUUCUCUCUAUAGCCCUAAUAAGAGUGUAUUGAAUUAAAUGUUUAUCGUUUCUACCUUAUUCACUAUACUUUAGUAGCAUGAACAUCGAAUCUAAAAAGCGUUUUUUUUGUUUGCAGGAUGAUUAUUGGUUAACUUAUAAAGCACUAUCUCGGUAAAUAUGUAAUAAUUAGUCAGAUUUAAAUGGUUUUCAACUUUCAUUUGCAAGUUUGAUAAAAAUAUUGUCUAAAUUGAGUUUACUCAAAUUCUGUUUUCUACUAACCAAAAUAAUCAUUUAUUGAUUGAUUAAGGCUUUAUGUAAAUGACAAGGCAUCAGUGCAACAAUUUCCUCUUAAGCUGAAAGUUGGUUUGAUCUAUUAUAUUCGUCUAUCUCUGUCUCUGGCCAGUAAAUCUUGGUUAGAUAUCUCUAUAAAUACCUGUACCUUUUUGAUGAUAGUUGUAUAUGUUUUCCAAGUUGCAGCUCCACAAAAUAAAACAUCCUUAAUUUUUACAAAUUGUUUGCUCUUGCCUAAAAUUAACAUCGAAUAGUCUACUUCCCUCCAAUAUUAACAUGUCAAAUAGUCAACUUUUUGCAAAACCUAACGAACUAGUUUACUACCGCUUGUGGGCUUAUGAAGUUCGUCUUUAAUAUCUUAAAACAAUCAAGUUAUCUUCUCACUCAAACAGUGGUUUAUGUGAAAACAAUUUCUAAACAUGUUUUACAUAAAUUUGUCAAUGUUCACAUGGAUGUGACAGUUUAACGUCAACAUUUUAACUUGGAGAAAAAAGUUAUCUUCAUUCCAUGAUCUAAAAAAAGCAGUUACUGCAUAGUUUACGCAUGUUUAUUCAGAAAGCUUUUUAGUUUAGACGAAAUAAAAAUGCAUACCAACGUUUACCUGCUACAUCUGGUUCGUUUCAACUCAUUCGAUGCACGUGAGAAUGUUAAUGUAUUCUUAAAAAUUAAUUUGUCAAAAAAGGAUAGCAUUGUAGAAAAUGGACGCAAUAAUAGCGCUGUCAGUGAUAAGCAGCAUUUUCGUCACUUCGAUUCUGAAGUGUCACAGCUGUAGACAGUUCAGAUGUGGUUUUGUAAAAUGGUCAUUACAAAUUCGUUAUAGAAUAAGGUAAGACUUAUUGUGAUAUUUCAAAGAGCGGAUUCCGGGUUUAAAGUUGAAUGGAAGUUGCGAUCACAGCGUGAAAACUUAGCAAAUUUAUAAUUUAUACACAAGAAUAUUCUUGAGUUUUGGUUCAUCUUUUAACCCCGAUUGGCUAAAAAUGAAUAAAUCAGUGUGCUUCAACAUUAUCCUGCAUGGAACAUAUAUUAAUACAAUAUGUGGCCUGUUAAAACCUCUCUUUUGAGCAGAUUAGUGGGACAUAGCGUUGUGGUCCGCUCGCAUCCGUGUUCCUUACUUUUGAUCUGUCUACCUUCUAGGCAGUUAGAAAAUAGUAUCACUCUUCGUCCGCGCAGAGACUGGGUUGGCCGUUUCCGGUGGCUUGGUUUCAAAAGUGUCUAAUAGAAUACUAUGAGGUAUUUCACAGGGGUUCUCGAAGUUGCUUUCAGGUGAUCAUCAUGGUGUAACCAAUCUUCUGAGCCGACUAGUGCCUCAUAAAUGAGAUUUCCUUUCUUUUGCAUGAUUCGAUCGACUAUCCCUGUAGGAUGUUCAUAGCCAGUACUUUUUGACCCAUAAUGAACAAUCGACAUUAUGGGGCAAAAAGACUCACAUGAGUUGAAAGCUGACUUUUCUUCAUAUCUAUUCAUUAGCUAUAUUAUUACUGCCAAAUGUGUGUUUUAUGGCAGUAAAACUUCGAUUUAAACAUGACUUACUAGGUCUGAAAAUUACAUUCCAAAUUUUGUCAACAGAGGCGUUUGUACCUAGUCUUUACCUCGUUUGUAAACCCAACAAAGUUACCCUCGAGCUUUGUCUUUUAUACCUUUUCUCAGGAUAUAGUGUUAGGAUUAAACCGAUCUGAUUAUAUGCUUCAUGUACAAGGAGAUUUAUGCGAUACUAAACGGACUUCUCUUGCGAACCGGUUACAAAGUACAGUAGUAGCCGCUCAAUCUGAUAUUGAGACUCAAGAUGAAGCUUGGGAUGGUUUGUUGAUUCGACAAGUUGAAUUCAAUAUGAUUGCAUGUAGUUUUUGUGGUCUUGCUCAGCGUAUUGUUCCACAACAUCGUAUUUCCUUAUCUUUGCAUGGAAUUUCAAGCGAUUUAAAUAAUCGUGUACCUGAUUGCUUUUCUGCUGAUAAAUUUUCCGAAGCUUUAUUAUCUGCUUGUCGUAUGUAUGUCGAAGAUUGCUCUAGAAGAAAUUUAAUCACGUCAAACAUAUCUAUUCUUGUAGUUGUUGGUAAGAAUGAAAAAAAUAUUUAUGAUCAACGAGCAUUGAUUGGUUGUCUUCUACUGAAAAAUCCUAAAGUGAAUGUGUUAUAUCAUUCAUUUGAUUAUCUAAAAACUGGUCUAAAAUUGGAUGUGAAUUCCCGUUUAUUUGUAGACAAUCAAGAGGUAGCUGUUGUAUAUUUUAGAACUGGCUAUACUCCAGAUGCUUUCCCUGAUGACGAAACAUGGGAUGUGAAAUAUCAACUUGAACGGUCGUUAGCUAUCAAAUGCCCAUGCAUACAAUAUAUGCUUGCAAAUACAAAAAUAGUACAAGCCGCCCUAUCAAAACCGAAAUAUUUAUCUAGAUUUUUUAAUCCGGAUAGUUCAAGUUAUUUAAAUAUUUUAUCUACAUUCGCCCAUCAAUAUACAUUAGAUGAAGAAAUGGGAAUAUCGGAUUCCACUGAGAUUCAAUUUGUAAUUAACGAUUGUCUAUUAAGACCAGAUAAUUAUGUUUUGAAACCACAGAGAGAAGGUGGAGGGAAUAAUUAUUUUGGAGAGGAACUUGUUCAGAAAUUAAAGUCAAUUAUGAAUCAUUCUGAAAAAAAACUGUAUGUACUUAUGGAGCGUAUACAACCAUAUAUUUUUGAAAAUUCUAUAUUGAAUUCAACUUCAGCUUCUGGAGAAUUAAAUGUCAAGAAAAUGGUUACUGAAUUGGGUAUUUUUGGUGCAAUUCUUGCGUGUAAAGAUGAAAUCUUCCUGAAUGAGUUUUCUGGUCACCUUCUUCGAUCAAAACCACUGGAAUCUAAUGAAGGUGGAAUAGUAGCAGGUUAUGGUUGCCUUGACUCUCCAUUCCUCGUUUAAUACGUUUCAAUUACUUUCAUUUUGCUUGAGUGAAAUAACAAUUAGAAUGAUUUUUUAAAAAUACAUGAUUUGAUAACUUUA